UAGUGAUCUCUUGAGAAACCUGCAGAGCUCUUUGGAAUAGAAAGAUUGUUCUUUUGUGGUAUCAUACAAUUGAUUGAGAGAAAUUUGCUGGUACCCUCCAGGAGUGGGGCAGAAUCAGUGUGCCCCCUUUGUCACAGGCUGGAGAUCUCCCUGUCCUGCAAACCUGUAGCCUCCAACCAUGUGCCUCUCUGCUCUGAUCCUGGUGUCACUUGCAGCAUUCACAGCAGGGGCAGGACACCCAUCCUCACCACCCAUGGUGGACACCAUGCAAGGCAAAGUCCUGGGAAAGUACAUCAGCUUAGAAGGAUUCACACAGCCUGUGGCCAUCUUCCUGGGAGUCCCCUUUGCCAAGCCUCCUCUUGGAUCUCUGAAGUUUGCUCCACCACAGCCUGCAGAGCCCUGGAGCUCAGUGAAGAACGCCACCACCUACCCUCCUAUGUGCUCCCAAGACCCAGUGACAGGGCAAAUAGUCAAUGACCUCCUAACUAACAGAAAAGAGAAAAUUCCUCUCCAGUUUUCUGAAGACUGUCUCUACCUGAAUAUUUACACUCCUGCUGACUUAACAAAGAGUGACAGAUUGCCAGUGAUGGUGUGGAUCCAUGGAGGUGGACUAGUGUUAGGUGGGGCAUCAACCUAUGAUGGACUGGUGCUGUCUACGCAUGAAAAUGUCGUGGUGGUGGUCAUCCAAUACCGUUUGGGCAUCUGGGGAUUCUUCAGCACAGGGGAUGAACACAGCAGGGGGAACUGGGGUCACUUGGACCAGGUGGCUGCACUACACUGGGUCCAGGACAACAUUGCUAAAUUUGGAGGUGACCCAGGCUCUGUGACCAUCUUUGGAGAGUCAGCAGGAGGUGAAAGUGUCUCUGUUCUUGUAAUGUUGUCUCCCUUGGCCAAGAAUCUCUUCCACAGGGCUAUUUCUGAAAGUGGUGUGGCCCUCACUGCAGGCCUGGUCAAGAAGAACACCAGGCCUUUGGCUGAGAAAAUUGCUGUCAUAUCUGGUUGUAAAAACACCACUUCCGCUGCCAUGGUUCACUGCCUUCGCCAGAAGACAGAGGAAGAGCUCUUGGAGACCACACUAAAAUUGAAUCUUUUUAAGCUGGAUUUGCAUGGAGACUCCAGACAGAGCCAUCCCUUUGUUCCCACUGUGCUUGAUGGAGUGUUGCUGCCAAAGAUGCCUGAGGAGAUCCUGGCUGAGAAGAACUUCAACACAGUGCCCUACAUCGUGGGAAUCAACAAGCAAGAGUUUGGUUGGAUUCUGCCAACUAUGAUGAACUACCCACCCUCUGAUGUGAAAUUGGACCAGAUGACGGCCAUUUCGCUCUUGAAGAAGUCCUCUUUUCUUCUUAACCUCCCUGAGGAUACAAUUGCAGUGGUCAUUGAGAAGUAUUUAAGAGACACAGAUGACGAAGGCAGAAAUAAAGACCAACUUCUGGAAUUGAUUGGGGAUGUGGUAUUCGGUGUACCAUCUGUGAUUGUGUCCCGUGGACAUAGAGAUGCUGGAGCCCCCACAUACAUGUAUGAGUUUCAAUAUUGUCCAAGCUUCUCGUCAGAAAUGAAACCAGAUACGGUGGUAGGAGACCAUGGAGAUGAAAUCUACUCUGUCUUUGGGGCCCCAAUUUUAAGAGGUGGUACCUCAGAAGAGGAGAUCAACCUCAGCAAGAUGAUUAUGAAAUUCUGGGCCAACUUUGCUAGGAAUGGGAAUCCCAAUGGACAAGGGCUGCCCCAUUGGCCAGAGUAUGACCAAAAGGAAGGUUAUCUGCAGAUUGGAGCUACCACGCAACAAGCCCAGAAGCUAAAAGAAAGACAAGUGGCUUUCUGGACUGAACUUCUGGCUAAGAAGCAACUGCAGACAGAACACACUGAGCUGUGAAUGGGAGACUCUGUCAGCCUCACCCUCAGGGGAGCCCAAAUGAGUCUACUUUACAUGGAAAAUGACUGUGGCCAAGGCUUUGGGGAGACUGCAGAAUUGUGUGGUGGGAGUGGACAGAGGCCAGGGAGAGAAUAUUUGCACAUGUGGACUCAAUUUGAAAAAAUAAAUUUUGUUCCAUAAAUCAAA